AUGUCGGACAAACCGGAGAGCAGCAAGACUCGACUCGAAGAGCAUCUCAUCCAGCCAUUGUUCCAAAAGGAUUUCUUGUCAGAGUUGCCAGAGGAGGUUGCUUAUCGCAUCAUCGCCUAUUUGACACCGUGCGAUUUGACGGACCGCGAUGAACAUGUGGUCACUUGUCUACAAAUUCACUCUGGUCGUAUCGUAGCUGGUUAUCAUCAUGCGUUGCGGGUUUGGAAUGUUGAUGAUGCUCAACCUGUUUUCACUGUAACUGGCCAGAUGGGUGUUGUUAAGACGUCUCAAGUGAGCGAUGAUGGCAAAUACAUUGUCAGUGGCUCAUCUGAUAAAAUGGUGCGCGUUUGGUGUGGUCAAACUGGUGCACAGCUUCAUGUUCUGCAGGGGCAUACGAGGGAAGUGUGGUGCAUGAGUCUACAUGGUACAACUCUUGUUUCUGGAUCGUGCGAUGAAACGCUCCGAGUCUGGGACAUUGUCGACGGGAAAUGCCUUCACAUUUUGACUGGACAUUUUGGGCUUGCUUGGUGUGUUCAAUUUGAUGGAAUUCGGGUUGUGGUUCCUGCUGGUGAUUUUACUGUAAAGGUUUGGAAUGUGCAGACGGGGGAGUGUUUGCACACGCUGACGGGUCACACCGAUUCUGUCGAAUCACUUUUGUUUGACCCAGAGCGCGAUCUUGUGGUGUCGGGUAGUCUUGACGGAACGAUUCGCGUCUGGGAUAUACGAGGAGGAACAUGCAUCGCAAUUUUUCUCAGUGAGGGAAUAGCCUGGGGCUCUGGCAUGCAACUUCGUGGAAACAUUUUGGUCGGCUGCUAUGCCAACUCGAACGUCGGGGUUUGGGACAUUCGUGACGGUGGUUCAUGCAUUCAUCGCUUACAAGGCCUAAAUGGUCACACGUCGCCCAUCACUUCAUUUCAAUGGCUCGACUCGGGACUUUUGGUAACAGCUUGUUACGAUGGCUUGGUCAAGCUGUGGGAUGUGGAUAAAGGUAUUUUCGUUCGUGACCUCGUUCGUCUUGAAUCUGGUGGUGGCAUUUGGCGUCUCAGAGCCGCCGAAACAUUACUCGUCUGUGCAGUUAAAUCGCAAAAGGGAUUCGCGGACAGAAAGCUCAUCUUGAUCGAUUUUGAUGCAUCGUAUCCA